GGGGGAAAAAUGCCCCCUUGUAUUCUUUGUCUGUCUCUGAUUCUGUUCGCCAACCGAGCUAUUCCUGCCAAGGCUGCUCAGGCCAACGAAACUGAAAUUCCUUUGGGAUCCAAAAUCGAUGCAGGCGGUGUGCAAAGCUGGGUCUCGCCUUCAGGGCGCUUUGCUUUUGGCUUCUAUCCUGUUGAUGAAGGCUUCUCCAUCGGAGUCUGGCUCAUCAUCGGCGAAUCCAGAAAUAUUGUGUGGACUGCCAACCGAGAUGAUCCCCCGGUUUCUGGUGGCUCAAUUCAGCUAACCUAUGGUGGUCUUCAAUGGAUUCCAGCUAAUGCGGGCAGCCAAGGGAAGUUCAUAUUCGCCACCUCUACUCAGCCUGCCUCUGCUGCGAUGAUGGACACUGGCAAUUUUGUGUUGUACGACAUCAACAAACAGGUCCUUUUGUCCACCUUUGCUUCUCCGACGGACACCUUGUUACCAGGUCAGAACCUACUUCCAGGUAGCCAGCUAUUCUCAAGUGUAUCUGAUACUUCCCAUGCCACGGGGAAGUAUCGCCUUUCCAACCAGCUAGAUGGCAACCUUGUGAUGUAUCCUGUUGACGCAAUCGAUCCUGAUAGCUCAUACUGGAAUACCGGCACUUUUGGCAAUUCCUACCUCCUUACAGUUUUUUUGGAUCCCAAUGGCACACUAUGGAUGUUCGAUCAAAAAGCAUCAUAUACAAAGGUGUUGUUCCUCACAAACCAAUCUUCUAAAGCUUCCACAGACACAAAUGUCUACUUCCGUCUGACAUUGGACGCGGAUGGUAUAUUGCGACUUUACUCCCAUGUGUUCUUUAGGCAGGGGAGGGCGCCCAUGACAGAAAUCGUAUGGCUGCAGCCUAGCAGUGAUCGCUGCGAUGUGAAAGGCGUUUGUGGUCCAAAUAGCUUCUGUCAUGUGAGUUCUAAAGGGCAAAGUAGCUGCUCUUGCCUCCCUGGUUUUGAAUUCUCAAGUGCUAACCAAAGCAUGAAGGGUUGCUGGAGGGUGCGGUCUGGUGGCUGCACAGGGAAUAGCUCUAAUGAUGAUAUCAGACCGAUACCUACGAUGGUUGAGUUGAAGAACACUAGCUGGUCAGAUUUAUCAUAUGCUGUUCCACCACAAACAACAAGCAUUGAAGCUUGCAAGGAUCUUUGUCUAUCUGACUGUGCUUGUGAGGUCGCAAGAUUUGACUCCUACUGCUCAAAGCAGAUGCUUCCUAUGAGGUAUGGCAAGAUGGUUCCUGGUAGCAACACUACACUAUUUGUGAAGGUCUACACCUAUGAAUCCAAAGGUUCUCUCAGAAGGACAAGGUCUGGCCCAGUCUCCAUACUGAUAUCAGGUGCUGCAUUGACUGUUUUCUCACUUCUUGUGCUCUUAGCAUCCAUGCUACUCUGCAAGCAUCGGCUGCCAUCGCGGUACAUGAGGGCUCCACGACAGCAAGACUCAGAAUUUGAUGACGAGAGCAUAGCUAUUCGCUCCUAUUCUUUCCAGGAUCUGGAGUUGUCCACAGAUGGAUUUGCUCAGGAGCUAGGAAGGGGUGCUUAUGGUACAGUGUUCAAAGGUGUCUUGACCAAUGUUAACAUGGACAUUGCAGUGAAGAGGCUUGAGAGAAUGGCGGAAAAUGGGGAGAGAGAGUUCCAGCGGGAAGUGCGUGCAAUUGCACGGACGCAUCACCGUAACCUGGUGCGAUUGCUGGGAUUCUGCAACGAAGGCAUGCACCGCUUGCUUGUGUACGAGUAUUUGUCAAAUGGGUCCCUUGCGGACCUCCUCUUCCGGUCAGAUGCAGUGCCUAGUUGGAGCAACAGGGUUGCGAUUUUGUUGGAUGUUGCAAGGGGGUUACAGUACCUUCAUGAGGAGAUAGAUUGCCCUAUAAUUCACUGUGAUAUUAAGCCAGAGAAUAUACUCAUUGACAGCAACGGGGUGGCGAAGAUAGCAGACUUUGGUCUGGCAAAGUUGCUAAUAGGGAACCAGACACAGACUUUCACUGGUGUGCGAGGCACGCGUGGAUAUCUUGCACCGGAAUGGAGCAAGAACACGGCAAUCACUGUGAAGGUGGACGUCUACAGCUACGGCGUCAUGCUCCUCGAGGCGAUAAGCUGCAAGAAGAGCAUGGAACUGAAGCUGGCCGGUGAGGAAUGCAACAUUUCUGAGUGGGCCUACGAGUACGUGAUAUCGGGUAACUUGAAGCAAGUGGCAGCUGGGGAAUGCAUCAAUGAGGUGGAACUGGAACGGAUGGUGAGGGUCGGUAUUUGGUGCACGCAGAAUCAGCCAGUGACACGGCCUACGAUGAAGAGCGCCGUUCAGAUGAUGGAAGGAAGCGCGGAGGUUCGGCGGCCUCCGCCGCCCGCGUCAUUUUCACAGUCACUGGUGCGAUCCGCAAGCAGCUGAUCUGCUGAUAUCUCUGAUUGUCAUUGCGAGGGUAAAAGCGUUCCAUCUGAUGAAUGGAAAUUACUAGAGGUCCUCCUGAUUAUGUACUAUGGAGAUGGAUCAUUUGGUAAGUUGCAUCACGAAAUGGUGUGUGUCCACAACUCCACACCUAGCAGGUGAAAAUUGUUGUUGUGAGAUUGUGACAUUGUUCUUUGGUCCUAGGAAACGUAUGCAUAUAAUAAGGAUGCCUGCUAUUUUAAUUU